AUCAAAUCCCAGAUGAAAGCAGAACUCUUGCAGCCAGAAUUUUCGAGAAUUCUAAAAAAUUUAAGUAUUUUCAAUUUUCCUUAGACCCAGUACGUGCUGCCCUCGUAAGGGUAAAGCCAGAAGUCGCGCCCGGCGCUUGAUUUUCGCAUUGCGAAGUCCGAAUCGAGGGAAAAUUUCAGCGGUUUCAGUAGCGAGUUUUCACCAGAGUCGAGUCGAUCUUUCCGCCUCCCCAUUUCGGUCACGUUUCCAUUUAGGACCGGAGGAUCAUCUAUCGGGUGUGCCAAAAAAAAAAAUAUCGGAUCGAAAAAGUCCAUUGACGUAUCGAUUUUUUCGCGAUCGGUUUGUGUUUUAUUAAAGGUUUUCGAUUUGUUGGUGGAAAAUUGAGGCGUUGAGUGAAAAAGGAUAUAAUUAUUGAUACUGAGUGUUUUCCAUUUAACGGCCUCAACACCAACAACGAAACAAGUUUUGCGACUCAACAAUCGAAAUCAAAUUUUCAUUUUCAUUGUUCGGGACGCACAACAAUCGCAAACUCUUGCCAAAGAAAGCUCGCGCAAUAGCAGCGUGAACUCAGAAACCUAUAAAAUAAUCCACGUUCUCGCACAAGCUUCAUAAUUGCAAGUUUCCCGCUCAAUAAACCUUCCAAUACGGCCUUAACUAUAGGAAUCGCGCAAAUACAAUGUUCCGAUUUUCGAAUGAAACUGUAAAGUGAUAAAGAUACAAUGAGUAAAAAAUGAAGCUAAGUGUUUCAGCGUACCGCGCACACGCGUCCGCGCACAAAAAAAUUUUGGACACUUCGUACAGCCAAUAUUAUGGGUCUACUAGUGCGUCACACUUGCAUCCUAGUUCAUCUGGAUCGUCAGCUGGAACUUCUGGAUUUCAGAUCGACCCUCCACCAACUGGUCCAUCUCAGCUAGCAGCGCACAGCGCCGGACUGUCCGGCGCUGCCCACGGCGGUCAUGGAAGUCACCUGAUGGUCGGCGGCGCAGGGGUUGAGGAUGGCAGCUCCGAUGACGCCAAUACGCCCCUGCACAGCCCCCGGUCUCAUAACACCAGUCGCGAAGAGGACGAAAGUUCGAACGCUAACGAGAGCGAUUGCAAGAGUCCGAACCAUAGGACGAAAUCGAACCAGAGAUGGAUGAAACUUCGGACCACCGUACAAAUAUCUUCGGCGAUAUCAGCAAAAAAACCUCAGUUGAAGCGUGAGGAUUCAUUUUUGAAGCGUUUCUCGACGAGGCAAAUACCAGAAGUGCAAGAAACCGUAGAAGAUACUGGUAGUGAAGGCUGUGCAGGUGACAAUAGACCACCACGACGAAGAAGAAAACGUUUGCGGCAGCCGCGUAGUGUAGUGAAUCCCGAUUCGAACUUUUAUUUUUAUUGGUUGUUUGUGUUGACGAUUUGUGUGUUGUACAAUAUGUGGACGUUAAUCGUUAGACAAAGUUUUCCUGAACUACAGGAAAUGCUUUCUACCUUUUGGCUCACCUGUGAUUCUUUAAGUGACUUGGUUUUUUUAUUUGACCUGGCUGUACAGUUUAGGACAGGAUAUUUAGAACAAGGUUUGAUGGUGUACGAUUCUAAAAAACUGGCCUGUCAUUACCUUCGCUCACGUGCCUUCUUGCUGGACCUCACUGCGCUGUGUCCAGUAGACCUGCUUCAAUUGAGGUUCGGCCCGAACCCUCUACUGAGGUGUCCUAGAUUUUUAAAAGUAUACAGGGCUGUCAACUAUUACUAUAUGGUAGAAUCGAGAACGGUAUGGCCGAAUUUGUGGAGAGUGGUCAAUCUCAUCCACAUCUUACUGAUUCUUGCUCACUGGUUUGGUUGUUUUUAUUUUUUAUUAUCGGAGGCGGAAGGGUUUCAGGGCGACUGGGUGUAUCCUUACCGGCCUGGAGACUACGCCACUCUAACAAGAAAAUAUCUCGGCUCCCUGUACUGGUCAACAUUGACUUUGACUACUAUCGGAGAUUUGCCCACACCCGAAACAAAUGCAGAGUAUAUUUUCACAAUAGUUAGCUACUUAAUAGGAGUAUUUAUAUUUGCGACGAUCGUCGGUCAAGUCGGAAAUGUGAUAACCAAUCGAAACGCCAACAGACUGGAAUUCGAACGUCUGCUGGACGGUGCCAAAACCUACAUGAGACAUCAUAAGGUUCCAGGAGGAAUGAAACGAAGAGUACUGAGAUGGUACGACUAUUCCUGGUCAAGAGGAAGGAUACAGGGCGGGGGAGAUAUCAACACGGCCUUAGGUCUCCUGCCCGACAAGCUCAAGACCGAAUUAGCUCUUCAUGUCAAUUUAAGCGUUCUCAAAAAGGUAACGAUAUUUCAAGAGUGCCAACCAGAAUUCCUCAGGGAUUUAGUUUUAAAAAUGAAAGCCUACAUUUUCACACCUGGUGACUCAAUAUGCAGAAAAGGCGAAGUAGCCAGAGAGAUGUUCAUCAUCGCCGAUGGUAUCUUGGAGGUUAUCAGCGAAGCAGGCAAAGUACUGACUACAAUGAAAGCUGGAGAUUUUUUCGGGGAAAUAGGUAUCCUUAACUUGGAUGGCCUCAACAAACGCACUGCAGAUGUAAGAUCAGUAGGUUACUCGGAACUAUUUUCUCUAUCGAGAGAAGAUGUUCUAGCAGCUAUGAAAGAUUACCCGGAGGCGCAAGAGAUUCUACAAGCAUUAGGAAGAAAGCGCCUGAUGGAGGUCAAAGCUAGCGCAAAACACCCGCCCCAUCACAAGAGCGAUCACCAUCACCACCACGGGCAAGACACCAAAGGCCUAGUGGACAAAAUUAAAAACGAGGCUAAGGGUUUGAAAAACGCCCUAAGAAAAUCCCGGACUCAUUAUCGUCGUUCGGACGAGAGCCUAGAGUUGCAGCCACUUCAGCCUCAUUCCGGCCCCCAGGGCCCCAACAACAACGCCGCUUCCAAGGGCACGCUCAAGAGGAUGUCGAGAGUAAAGUCGCACGAUUUGAGUCAGGAUCAUCCAUCGGAAAUCGAUAAGAGCGACAGAAAAGAAAGCAUAGUACCAGAACAGGAAAAAACACAUUCGGUGUCACCUUUGGGAGCUGGUCUACCUCUACUACAAAGACUGAGGCUGCUUAAAGAAAAACAAGAAAAAGAAGAAAAAGGUGGCGGCCUAACUCAAACUUCACCACUAUUGUCUCCCCAAUCCACCGCCAUUCGAUCUCCGCCAAUAGUCGAAGAAACGUCGUUAACGGAAGAACCAGUCGGCGCUGGAUUGCCGCUUCUUCAACGGAUACUGAUGCUAAAAGCCAAAGAAGAAAAGUCAACAAAAGCCGCUAAGACCGGCGUCGGAGGGCACAAACCCUUUCUGAGUAGUAUAAUAAAUUUUCACGCCACAGGUAGUACACCAUCCAUUCCACCGACGACCGCUCCAGUUGGAACCCAAACGACGGCGGUUCCUAGAGGGUCGAUUUCAGGUCCCGCGAAUAAUGCCUUAGCACCCGUUCCAGCCAAAUUACUUAAUAAUAAAGUAUCAUUUAGGGAUAGAAUAAAAAUGCACACAACCUCCAAAGAAAAAGAUUCGACCAUCAAAGAUUCGCUUCUCAAAGACAGCGAACCGCCUGCCAUCACCGAAAUCUCGCCAACGCCCAAAGUGGUCGAAACGAACGUGCCAAAUCCGCUACCGUCCAGCGUAAUAAGCGAACAAACUCCUAGUGACAGUUUUAGUGAGAAAACUAGUGAUAAAAAUACUGAAGUGGUGGUCAGUGAACCGACUCCGGGUCAAGAAGAUUCUUCUAGAGAAUUGCUGACGCGACGACUAACGACUUUGACGAGUACUGAAAGUACUGACAAAAACGGUGCUCAUUGGUCGAAACUUAAACGGGCGGCUAUUUCAAAAGACUUGGAAGGUACAUCAGACCUAGAAAAUGCGAAAUCUAAGAAACGAGAUGAUAAAGGAGCCAAAUUAUUGAAAAAGCCUGGUUUGGUAUUGUCGAGGAAAACUAAGCAUUACAGAUUUGUGCAGUCACAACAAAGAGAGUAUUACUCAGUUCCAUCAGAGCCGUUUAAUUAUCGGUAUAGGUCGAUAGACGAUUUGUCACCAGAAUAUGGACCGCUACCUUUUGUUAAGAAAUUAAAAAUCCUCAACGAACGUCAAAAGUUAGAAGAGUUAGAAACAGCAAUGAAAACGCGAAGUUUUUCUUUAGACAUACCCGAAAGCCAAAGCGAAACUAGUGAUACACUAACCAGAUCUCACUCGGAAGGUUCCUCGGUGCACCAACAAGACCAACAUCCCGAUAAAAGAUUCCUCACCGCUCCUUUGGCCCCUUCACCCCUAAAUUCGUCGAACGAAUCGAACGAAACGCCCGAGCGGCGAAACCUCAAGUCAAUUCUUAAAAAGCUGUCCGAGGAUACCAAAGAAAAAGUGAAAGAUAUAAUAAAGGAAAAGGAAAUAGACAGCAAAGAAAAGGAAAAAGAAAGUGAGCAACAAGACGCACCACCGCCUGAGAAAAAACCGAAGAAAAUGGACUCUACGGAAUUUAAAAGGUUAAUGAGAGCACCCACGAUCGAAGGAUAUGCAGCAAGACACAGUAAACUUUCGAAAAGUGUCACAUUUAAUCGCGAUACGCUGCAAAGUCCUCCAAAUAGUGCCAACACUGUUUUGGGCACGCCGCAAAGUCUCUUUCCCUUUGUUCAUUCGCCGACAGAUAAUGGUUUAGACGCAAAACAAGGAGUAAAAAUAAAUGAACUUGAACGAUGUAAUGCCCAGAUAGUGCCUAAUAAUAAAACAAAUAAUCAAGUGAAAAUUAUAAAAUCGUCUUUAGACGAACAACAAUAUUUCGCGGACAUUCUUCUAGCGAUAAAACAAGUCAUGAGCGCUCACCUCCAAGAGAUGCAGCUGAAAUUCCAGGAACGCUUCGAUCGUUUAGAAGAAGAAUUACGGAACAAAAACGACGUAAUUCAACAGCUUAGAGCGCAUAUUUGCGAGCUGGAAAAUACGGCGACCGAUAAUUCGUUUAGUGAUUCUAUUGAUACAAUUAUAAGUAGAGACAAACAGUCAUGGGAAGAUCCGACACACGAGGAAGAAGAAGAACUUCAAGAGUUACCACAACCGAUAAACGCUUGGCAACAGUCUAGGUCGAAUAGUGUAGUUUUAAAUAUUGACACAACAACAGAUACAGACUCUGACAAUGCUGAUGGUGAAAUGUCUGAAAACGACCCCGAUUUCGAAUCAGGCGACAAUGAUCAGUAUGAAAACUCGAGUUCGAAUUGGGAAAUCGAACUUUUGGCCGCCCAAAUGCGAGAGCGAAGAGCCGGAAGCCUGGAUCAUACCAUUGGCAGGCCCCUGCUACGUAACAGAUUCCUAAGAGGUUCAAGUAUGGACGGGAACGAUUGAUAUUUAGUAUUUCACAGAAGCAGGACCAAAAUAUCGUCAUCGACGAGGUGCACAAUAUACGGGGGCUGGUACUUGGUGCACUGCACCUGGAUUAAAAUAAAAUGAACAAUUUCUUUUAUAAACGAGAUAAAGUUGGAUUUACAAUAUCAAUACUAUUAGGAAAUUGAAAAUUAUUUUUUACUAUACCUACACACACACAGAGAAUAAGUGCAAAAUUUAUUUUUGAAAUUGAAUUAAAGAGACCACUGUAUUCAAAAUGUCGAAUGAGAAAGCUAGAAAAAGAAUAAUUACAGUAGAAUAUUCAAGAACUUCUACUAGACCUAUUAGACUAGUUUGUUGCUCAAGCGUAAUUUCUUUUAAGUAGUAGGUAUAGGGUGGCUCAAGAGUAAAUUUCCCUUUUCGAACGGAACAUGGUGUGGGCGUGUUCGAAAAGGGAAAUUUACUCUGAUUCACCCUGUACUUCGUACUCUCUAUAAUGUAAUUUAUACUGUAUUUUAUUAUUCUUUUUCCAGCUUUCUAAUUAAUUGAAUUGCAGAUUUAUUUGGAAACAAUAUAAUAUCAAAUUAGCUAAUUUACUUAUUCUGUACACAAAAUUGUUAGUUGGGAUUUUCUCAAUAAAUUUGCAAUCCCUACCUUAUGUGAUACUGAUACCAGAGUGAGUGAAUAUAAAAGAUUUGGGACGAUAACGAAACGCUCAAAUUCAUUUGAAUUAUCCGUAAUUAAAAGGUCAAAAUUAAACAUGUAGUGCCAAUACCUAAAGUUUAUAAUAAUUUCACAAAUUAUAUAUUUAUCUUAGGACAUAUUUAAUUCGAUCAUGGAAAUGUAAACAUUCUAUGAUCGAAACAAAAAUAAAAUUAAUAGUUAGCAAAAAUUAUAAAUAAUAAUUAAUUAAAAAGAAAGUCGUAUUCACUAAUAAUUAUUAUUAUACUACAAGAAAAACCUUACAAAUUUUAUUACCUCUUACUUUUGUAAACUAAAAAAUAUAGUUAUAAAUAAAUUUAGAAUCUAGUGAGAAAUUUUACUUUUUUAAAUACAACAUACCCUAUACUAUCGUUAUUAAUUUUACAUCGAAUAAGUUUUUAUAACAGCUUUGUACGUAAGAUAUCGAAAAACCUUUAUAAUAUUGCAAUAAAAAUAGUCGUCUUGGGAGUGUAAGAAAAUUUUCAAUUUCAAAGACAGAUUGUCAGAUUUUUUGUAAUUCAACAGCAAAUAAUAGCACUAGUCAAAUACUCACAUUUAAAUAGAAUAAUUCUGGCUGUUGCUUUGCAAAAAUUUGAGACAUUCUGUUGCUAAUUCCAUAUUUGCUCCUAAAUCCCAAUAAAUACUUAAUUAAUCAUGUUAGCUGUGAUUGCACUGUUGUACACAUUUUAAAAUAAUGUCAAUCCUUCAUUUCAUGCAAAAGUCAAUCACACCGAACAUAAUCAAUUUUUGCAUUAUGAGACACCAGGUAUAUAGAAAGUUAAUAUACUUAUAAUAGAUGAAAAAUGACCACUUUAGCAAACAAAGAAUGAUGGUAGAAAGAUUAAACAAAUAAAAUAUAGUUUUAAAAAUCUGUAAUAUAUUGUAUUGUAAACUUACUAAUAAAAAAGAAGAUUCUCGAGAAAAAAACGUUAAUUUUAAUUUGAUGAAUUAAUGCUGAACUGCAACCUGCAUAGAUCUAUUAUAUCCCCCUUCUGGGUGCUUCAGUUUAUAGGAUUCUCACUCAUUAAUUGCUCUGAUAUUUUCUUCCAUAUUGGCUCUGUAUAAUUCUCAAUUUGCUCUCAUGGGAUUUCUCUUACUUUGGAGGGCUUUACUUCUAAGCUGAACUCUAUAUAAUCCUGUGAUCAGUCGGCCAAGACCCUCCAGUUUU